CGUUGCGUUACGACUGACGCGUAAGUGCUGUCUGUGGUACUUUCUAGAUAUGCUAAGUGCUCUUAAACUUGAUAAUAAGACUGUUGACUCUGGGACCAGCGAUAUGCAAACAGGUGGGUAUACAAAUACAACGGUUCGGUAUUAUAUUACAACAAGUAGCAACCCUCAUUUUUUCCUCGGUAUCUUGACAACUGUUUUGUGCGGUGCAAUAAAUGGAUCUGAGGUGCACAUAGCAAUUACAUUCAAAUUCCUGUAAUUUCAUGACUUCUCGCGAUAAAUAUGUUCAUUCUCAGCCGAAUCAUGCGAGGAUUGAUGCAUCUGCAAAUUUAGCUAGUAGCACUUUAGAAUACUGGCCAAGUCCUGUACAUGAUGAUCAUGACCGUCUCAACCUUGAACUCAGAGAGAAAGUCGAUGGACUUCGUAGUCUUUCGAUAAAAAUAGGAGAUGAAUUACGAUCUCAAAAUAGCUUACUCGGAGAUAUGGCCGGAGCUUUUGAUCGGUCCGAAGGUGUUCUUCGCUCUACAAUGUCUCGAUUAUCUCGAAUGGCUAAACAGAAUUUAUCCUCUGGAUUAUGCUGUUAUGUAAUUGUAUUCGUGUGCAUCAUUUUCCUCAUGUGCUGGUUUAUUCUCCGAUUUCUUUAGUCACAUGUGAUACCUUUGAUCAAGUGUGUUGAUUCAUGACCGGAUCUAAAUACGAAUGUAAAUGAUUUUUUUGAGAUUUUCAAGCUGCUUGUGGGAUUUACAAUAUAAUCUUUCAUUUAACAUGGGUCGAGUGCGGGACUAUUGUAUGUGUAUCUGGAUCAGCAAAUCUCUACUUCGUAAUUAUACUGGGACUACUCAACGUUUACUCUUACAUUUAGUCGAUUCCUGCAUAUUACCUAUUAUUCUUUACUGUUCUCCAUUAUUCUUUCCCGGGCUUCUGAGAAAAAUACUUUGAUGUGCUACAGAGAGUGCUGAAGGUAGUUAGGAAGGUGUGUGGUGGAUCUUU